AUGUUUUCUAGUCAUCAUCAACGCCACCCCAUCCAUCAUUAUAAUGGCUUCAUGAAUCGACAGUAUUCUUCUGCAGUGAACAACAAUCACGUGCAACAACAACAUGCUGAGGGUCAUCCUAAUACCAACAAUCUUCAUGAUGAUGAUACUGUUUCGCCCAUCUUCCAUCAUACAACCAGUACACUCACUCUUCAUUCACAACCAACUUCAGUGGAGACAUCAACGAGUGAUACACCAACGACGACGAUUCGUAACAGCACUGCAGCAAUUCCUGAGAAUGCAACUGUUGCAACCACAACUAGUAGUAGUGCUGUUGGUACUCCUGAGAAUGCUAAAGAAAGUUCUGUUGUGUUGUCCUCCACCACCACCACCACGACGACGACGACCACAACUACUACUCCCAUUGCGACGAAUCAGUGUCAUUGUGAGUCGUCCACCGUACUCACAAGUAACAAUGAAAUGCACCAUGAUGAUACAUUACCACCAUUACAUCGUUUCAGCUUUUCUCAUCUUAAUGACUACAUUCAAUAUGCUCAAUACACACAUUUACCAUACUUGUACCAUCAAUUAGUGAAUGCAACCAUGAAGAAAUCAUCCAUAAGUUCAUCGAUGCCAACAACAACCCAUCCUAGUAGAGAUUCUCACGUGUUCAAGGUCAGCUGGCCAACUGAAGAUGAACCAUUGAAAAGAUUCUCUCCAAGUCCACACUAUAUUCACUCUCCUCAGCAUCAUCAUCAUACACAUCAUACACACUCUUCUCAGAGUCAUCAUCAUCAUGGUCAUACAUCAUCACAAGUACUUGUCUCCUCAUUCACAUCUUCCUAUCGAUAUCAAUUAAUAAUCACCUAUCUCAUUCAUAAGGAAUAUACACUCUAUGUCAAAUAUCUUCAAAAUGUAUAUAGGUCAUGUCUAGAUAUCAAACAAUGUAUUUCAUUUCGUAAACUCUUAAUCAUGUAUUUGAAGAUCUUUCAAAGCAUUCAUGAGAGUUGUAUUCUUCACAAGAAAAAUUCAACAAGAGACAAGCUCGAAUCUUCCAAUAUAAUAAUCCAUGAAGAUUUCAUGUCAAUCUCGAGCACCACUGAAUCUUCCAAUCUCUUAUAUCAAAUGAUUCAUCUACUCAUUGAAUCAAGUUCAGAAUUUCAAAGAGAAUGUACUCAUUUGCUCAAUACCAUCAUUCAAUUCUUACACUAUCAAUUAUAUAUGAGAGAAGAAGAAUGGUUAAAAUCUCAACAUAACGAUCAUGUCAUGGAUCGAUAUAUACAUUAUUUACAUGAUAUUAGAAGUAUUAUUGUUAGAGACUCCUUGUUAAAGAUGAUUCAUGAACAAGUAUCAUUGUAUAUUUGUCAUGAUCAAGAACGCAUUCAACAAUUAUUCUUGACAUUGGGAAGAGGUGGUUGUUGUUGUCAUGUUGAUGAUGACAAUGAUGAGAAUAAAUCUACUUUGGAUCAGAAUAGUAAUAGUAGUAACAGUAGUAAUAGUAGUCACAGUAGUAAUAGUAGUAAUAGUAGUCACAGUAGCAGUAGUACAUAUCAUAUAAUCAACAUUGGAAUGGACAAAGAGAAUGAGUGUAUCACUCGAUUAGUAUGCGAUGAUGAAACAACCACUCCCAUCCAUUCCAACCUUAAGAAUACUGACUUUCUAUCGAGUGUGAUUGACAUGUUACAAGUAUUUAAAUUGUACAUUAACAAACCUCACUUGCUGAAUCUUAGUAUGGAAGUGACUAAUUUAGAAAUGGUGAUGGAAAUCUACGGUAAACAAUUAUUGAAAUGUAAUACUCUCUCUCAAUUGAUGGAAAGUGAACAGUUACUACAUGAAAUCAGUGAUUGUUUGAUGAAUAUAACAAAUCCAAUGAUGGUUGUAUCAUCACCCACUGAUCCUUAUGUUUCAUCAUCAUCAUUACACCAUGAUGAUCAUCACACGAACAACGAUCGUGAGACCAAUAUGGUUGUUGUUGAUGAAAAUAAUCAUGAAAAUCAUCAAGAAAAGGAUCUUAGAUCAUCAUGCUUUCCCGUUACAGGAAGUGCAGUGGACCCCUCAAGUACUAGUACUACUUGUCCAACGAGUACUUGUCACUCGAUAGGUAUCAAAUUGAACAAUCACUCCAAGUUAUCCUUCUUCGAAAAACCAAUCCAAUCUUCUCAAGCAAUGAUCCAUCACAACCAUCCAAAACAUCAACAUUGA